AAGAAAGCUGCCUACAAACCAAAGGCAAAUAAACCAUUUGGAAUCUCUGGUAGUUGAGAUUUCAAAAACAGCCUUUCUUCAUGAACUAAAACUCUCUUUAUCUCAUGAAGAAGAAACACUACCUCAAAUCCAUAAAUCCUUGAAAAGAAUAUAUCUUUCUUUUCCCAAAACCAAAUUAAGAUGGUGCAAAAAAAAGUCCUCAACAAGCUUGGUAUCAAAACUGAUCAUAUUAAAGCCAACAACCAAAUAAUGAACCACAAACCAUCUUUUCCUAUAUCACAAAACCAUGAAACCAUCAAGAAUAGAAAAGCUGAACUCAAGAAAAAGAUGAUGAAGAAAUCAGGCAAAACCAAACACUUAGAAUAUGAAAUCUCCCACUCACCAAAUUUCAGAAAAUAUGUACCUCAGCCAGGCAAACCACCCACUAGUACUAACUCAUCAACACCAACGAAGCGUCAGCGUCAGAAUCAGAAUCAGAAUCAGCAACAACAGCAAUCAAUAUGUACUCCAAAUUAUAUGAAGUCCACAAGCAGUUCUGUUGCAAGGAAAGAGCAAUCUCAGGUAAGUUCAAGGAGCCUUCAAACUUAUUCACAAAGUUGUAGUAGAAAGAAUUCAAGUAACUCAAAGUUAGGCUCGGGUAGUUCUGUUAAUAAACCAAUAAGGAGUUUGUUAGCUAGAACUCCUAGUUUUAAACCAACAAGAGUUUCAUCAUGUUCCCCUAUUGUUAUGUAUGAUGAUUUCCAAGUAGAAAGGGCUACAUGUUCAUCAACUUUGAAAGAAGUUAAGUUUCCUUCAUAUCUUGAACUUAGUCCUGGAGGAACAGAAUCAGAUGGAACUUCUGUUUUCAAGGUUUGUCCAUACACAUAUUGCUCUCUUAAUGGUCAUCAUCACCCUCCUUUGCCUCCAUUGAAGUGUUUCUUGUCAUCAAGAAGGCGUACGUUGAAGAAUCAGAGGAGCUUCAAGUUGGGAUGUGUCUCUCCUCGUCGAGCUAAUCCUCGUGGAUUAGGCUUGAAUGAUAAUGUGCCAAAACAAAUAGAGAGUACUACAGAGAAGGUAGCUCCUCUGACAAAUGAAGAUGACAAGGAGUUUUUUGUCGAAAUUUAUAGCAACGAAAAGGAAGAGACCAACUCGGUAGAUGAUUAUUACAUCAUUGAUUCUUCUGUCACUGAUCUUGUACCUUCGGGUGAAAGCAGUGAAGUGGCAGCAGAUGAUACCGAGGACAAUCUUGAUCAAAAGAGAGAAGCUAUUUCAGCAGAAAUCAACACGCCUGGCUUUUGUCCUGCAGAGAAUCCGAAUGAAGGUGCUAGUGACAUGGUUCAAGAGGAAGUGGAUAUUGAAUCCUUGAGUAUGCAUACUGAAAUAGAGAUGGAAGCAACAGCAGAGGAGCUAGAAUCUGAAGCUUCUGAUAUGGACUGGGAUGUUGAGAAGUACUUUGCAUUUAGCGAAGACGAAACUGGUUCAAUCUCAGAUGAUAUAGAUCCCAUCACAUUGGUUGAUGAUCCAGUUGUCAGCGAGGAGUUCACGGAAAAAUCAUCUAAUCCUGAACUUCUAUCUGACAACACUCUGGAAGAGUUCUUUGAUAAAGAAAGUAUCAUCUCUGGAACAAGUUAUGAUUAUGCUGACUCCGAAUCAAUCUGUUCGCAUACAGAGUUUGACAUUGAUGAGUGUGUUGAAGUGUCUGAGGACACUACACGUAUCUCUCUAGAUGUCAAUUUGAUUCUGGAUGGUACAGAUAGUGAGACAGCAACAAUGGAUUAUCAGGCUGCUGUUAAGGCAGAAGAAACCUUCUGUCUAGAAGAUGAAACUGCAACUUCUCACGAGGAAUGCGUAACUCUUCAAGAUGAUGAUGCAGCUGCACUUACAGGCUAUCAAGAACUCAAUGUUUGCUAUCUCAAUGAAGUGCAAGAUGAAACCUGUAAGGAUAAUGAAGAGCGUUCGGAUGAAAACAUUGUUGUCAAGAUGGAAGAUACAGAAAUAAAAACAGAUUGCUGUGAACAAGGAGAUGAAAAUGGUCAUGGCAAUAAUGCUCAACUGUUGGUAGUAGAGGCAGAUCUCAAGGACGAGAGCGAUGGAAGCCAUCAAGAUGAAGAUGGAAGUGAAAACGCCUCUGAAGACUGUACAAGUCAUCAAGCUGAAGAUGGAAUUGAAAACGCCUCUGGUGUCGAAGUGGAUCAAACAGCUGAGGCAUGUGUGGAAAAGCAGAACCAAAUCAAAGAUAAGAAGACACAUGCAAAAUAUGAUUCGAGUGAAGAAAUGUCUGAGAGGUACAUAAACCUGAGAGGCAUAGCCAGGCGCAAUGACACUAAGGAGCCAGAUGAGUCAAGAGACUUCAAUCCACGACCACCAAAUUUCCUGCCACUGGAGCCAGAUCCAGAUGCAGAGAAAGUUGAUCUCAAGCAUCAGAUGAUGGAUGACAGGAAAAAUGCAGAGGACUGGAUGCUUGAUUUUGCACUCCGACGAGCAGUGGACAAACUUGCACCAGCUCGUAAGAGAAAGGUUGCAUUGCUCGUGGAGGCUUUUGAAACAGUAUUGCCAACAUCUAAAUGGGAACCUCACCUCAGGCGCAGUGCAUCAGGGUUCACACAUCCUAGACCAAUUCAGGCUUGCAACUGAUGCCAGUUUCAGGUGGACAUCAGCGCGGAGCUAGUAAGACAAUCUUUCGUCCAGGAACAACUGGCUUGUUGCUCACAAUUUACAACCCUCCGACAUGUGCAUGGAUUUCAGCUUAAAGGCAUAUAUGGAAUCGAUUGGGAUUAGAUGGUGGAAAACAUCAUCAUGGUAUCUCAAGUAAUUUAUAAUAGAGCUUUCUAGUGCUCUUGUUUCCUGAGGAUGAUGUCUAAUGCAUACUUUAGUACUGUUGUGAAAGGUUUUAUGUACUUCAAUCUAUGGCUUUAUCUAUAGUUGGCUAAUAUUUCUUAAA